CUGCCACAACUAAUCACUGCCGCAGACGGAAUUAUCAUAUCCAGAACUGAUCUUGGUCUUCAAUACAGUUCGGAAAAGAUAUUUAAACUACAAAAGCAUGUCAUCGGACUCUGCAACGUGGCCGCGAAGCCCGUUUUUGUUAUCGGGCAGCUGAUAGAAUCAAUGCGCACGAAGCCUCGUCCAACCCGCGCUGAGACUUCGGAUGUAGCGAAUGCAGUACUUGACGGUGUGGAUGGCAUUAUACUCAGUGUGGAAACUUCACGAGGCGUCUUCCCCUUGGAAACUCUGAGCACCGUUGAUCGGGUGUGCCGAGAGGCUGAACGAGCUGUCUGUCACGAGACAUUCAGGGCCGAGCUGAAACAAUCCCGCACCCUCCGCGGCGUCGACCAAACAGAUGUCACGUCUAUUACCGCUCUCUCAGCUGUUGAGGCAGCCGCCAGCUGUGGUGCCACUGCCAUCUUCGUGAUUACCACAUCUGGAAAUCUUCUCGUUUUUUUCCUUCCCGGUGCACGCUUCUUUAUUCCCUCGUCCUGUUUUAUCCCCACCCAGGUCUGCCAUCGCGACUUCCACGGCAAAGCCUAA